GGUGUCAAAGCGAGCUUAUCAGUAUCAAUGAAAUCACUAAAAUAUUAAUUGUUAAACGAAGCGGCGAAGAAGAAGAAGAAGAAAAAUGACGGGUUUGCUGUUGAGCUCCUCGGCACAGUCAUCUCUCCUUCACGUCAGACCUAGGCUCUUCUCACUCAAAACCCCUUCUCCUUCACCGAUCCGAAGUAUCGCCUUCCUUAAUUCCAACAGUUUUCAUCCUCUAGCGUUCGCAUCUGCUCCCCGACGACUUCCUCUCGGUGUGGAUUCCACCAAGACGAUCGCCACUAUAUCUGCUAACUGCGUCGAUUUGGGAGUCAAAGCUGUUGAAGUUGAGCCUGCGAUCGGUGGUGGUGACGGUGGUGAAAUCGGAGGUGAUAAAUUUGGCGGCGGCGGGGAUGGAAAUGACGGAAGAGAAGGUGGCAAGGAGGAGAGUGAUGGGAAGAAGAAUACACCUUUGUCUAUGUCGCAUAAGUUGACUCUUGGUUACGCACUUCUUGUCGGAGUUGGUGGGCUGAUGGGUUAUCUGAAAAGCGGUAGCCAGAAAUCACUGCUUGCGGGUGGACUUUCAGCUGCUGUUCUGCUAUAUGUGUUCCGCGAGCUCCCAACAAAACCUGUUCUUGCAUCAACCAUUGUCGUAGUGAUGGCGGUGCAUUAACUUGGGUGAUGGGGACGCGGUACAUGGGUUCGAAAAAAAGAUAUUUCCUGCCGGAUUUGUGUCUUUGAUGUCUUUUAUUGUGACCGGAGGGUACAUUCAUGGCAUCAUGCGUAGCCUUCACUAAGCAAUAACAGUUAGCUUUGUAGUGUGUUACAAAGUUUUUAAACUUUUUUCUAAGGCUUGGAUUGGAAUUUCCCUGUCUUUUUCUUUCUUGUUUCCGUUGUAAAGCAGCUUACUACUUGUUUUGUAUGAACCUUAUGAAAAGAAAACUACGUAGGCCAGAAA